AUGGCACUUGCUGUACCGCCAGCUGGGACCUUCGCCCCAGGGACGAAGGUUCAAGUCGGAAACCACCGUGUUGUGAUCGAAAAAUACCUUUCUGAAGGGGGAUUCGCUCACGUCUACGUUGUCCGCCUUCCGCAUCCGAUCGAUGGCGCUGAGACCGCUGUGCUAAAAAGAGUUGCCGUGCCAGACAAGUUCGCUUUGGCAAAUAUGCGGACCGAAGUCGAAACCAUGAAGAAGUUGAAGGGACAUCGGCAUAUUGUCACAUACUUUGACUCCCACGCAUCCCAGUUAAAGGGCGGCGGGUAUGAGGUUUUCCUUCUCAUGGAGUUCUGCGCUGGAGGCGGCUUGAUCGACUUUAUGAACACUCGUUUGCAGAAUCGCUUGACGGAGCCUGAGAUCUUGAAGAUUUUCACCGAUGUUGCCGAGGGCACAGCCUGUAUGCACUACCUCAAACCCCCUUUGCUCCAUCGGGAUCUCAAGGUCGAAAACGUCUUGAUAGCGCUACAUGGGAAUUCGUUUAGCUACAAAUUAUGUGACUUUGGGUCUGCAGCGCCGCCACGCCCAGCUGCUGCUACUGCUGCGGAGGGAAGGCUGAUCGAGGAUGAUGUCCAGCGCCACACCACUCUACAAUAUCGCAGUCCGGAAAUGAUCGAUGUUUAUCGCAAACAGCCAAUCGAUGAGAAGAGCGAUAUAUGGGCGCUGGGCGUCCUUCUGUACAAGCUCUGUUAUUACACUACUCCCUUCGAGGAAGCUGGGCAGAUGGCAAUCCUGAAUGCCAAAUUUAAGUACCCUGCGUACCCGCCUUUCUCUGAUAGAUUAAAAUUGCUCAUUGCGUCUAUGCUGCGAGAGGACCCGCGAAAACGACCGAAUAUAUAUCAAGUAUUGCAGGAAGCGUGUCGUAUGCGCGGCAAAGAGGUACCCAUUACAGACAUUUACUCCGGGCGUUCACAUUCUGAGUCAAGACGCUACCAAAAACUUCCACCAUCUCCCAACGAAACACCAAAGAUAGGGGCCGUAUUCUCCCCGCCCAUUCAGGAGACGCAGAUUAUUCCUGACAUAGCUCCUAUGAGGCGAGGGAGACCGACCAAACCUACCUCACAUCACAACUCAACCAAACCCAGUCCGUCGCCAUUAAGAGUCGCUUCAAGUGACCCAUUUGCUGCCCUUGAUGGAGGCAAAGUGCCUAACGGAGACGAGCUCUCCUCCAGGUUUCCAACCUUGGACGAAUUUUCUCUCUUCCAUGACCAAGGGUCCAAAUUUGAGUUUGAGCCGACGGUGCCAGAAGCCAAGCCACCCACGGAAGACCUUUCAAAACGAAUAACCAAUGCUCUCGCGGAUGAGGCCUUUGCCAAAGCCAAUCCAACUCCUGUUUCCCAGAAAAACCCGGCAAUAGGAUCACAGUCCAAACCUCUCGGCGAAAAUAAACCAUUAGAAGAGAAGAUUUUGAUACCAUCUCCGGAUUUACGCGCUGAGCUUACACGACAACAAACUACUACCCUACAUCAACCUAUUCCUCAAAAGCCAGUCAUGGUGUCCACUGGCACCAUGACAACUCCUUCCCCCCGCCUGCGUCCAUUAGAUAGCCCGCCUUUUUCUCAACGAUCCAAAUCCAGGCUUCCUAAUUCCCUUGAAAAGCGACAUUCCGCCCAACAAUUCGAGAGCGAGAAUGAAAAAACCCCCAGCGGUCGUGACGUUUAUAUAUCUCGUGGGGCAUUCUUCAAGCGUGAAUCGAAACAGAACGCUUCGUUCGAAGAUCUACCGAGGUCACCGGUCUCGUCUAGACCAUCAUUAGAGGGAUCCCGACCAUCCGCUCUUGAUACAAGUGAUCCAACCGCUCGUUCUAAAUCGGCAAACUCGAAGUCCCGACCUGCCAGUUCUUUCAUUGGAUCUAGAUCGGAGCGUUUUCGGGAUUUUGAUAGUUCGAGAGACUCCCUCGAUUCUAGCUUCCCUCGCGGUGGAUACGAUGGGAGUGACGUCUUACAUCACCCACGGUUGGAAACCGAUCGUGACCAUGAGCGAGCCAAUAUAUCGUCAGACAUUGAUUUCUUACGAGCCAAAGAAGUAGAGGAAUCAAACCGAAAACGGGAGAAACGUGUCAGUAGCGGGUCAAAACAUAUGAAACGUUCGAGUUUGACGUCUAUAUCUCUAUCUGGGACUAAGAAUCUACUCGCCGGGCGGUUUGGCGAUGCGUUCCGUCGUUUUGAGAAUAAUGCAGCACAGGAACGGACAAGCCGAAGUCCUUCCCCUGACAAUGUGAAUGCACGCCUCACUCCAAUAACAGGUUCAGAAGUUACUGAGAUGAGCGAUGAUGGCUGUGAAGUCAAUGAUGGCGAUAUCUCACCAGAGAUGCGCCGUGAGUUAGAGCGACGACGUUUAUCACUGGAAGAGAGGCGAGUGGCAAAUGCUGCUGCUGAGUAUCGCCAGCGGUUAGCGGAACGUGGAGAAGAUGGGGCCCGUGGUGGAGGAAGGAUUGAAGGAGUAAGAGCGGCAUCGAUUCAAAGCAAGGUCCAGUCACUCCUCAAAGAAAACGAUAGACACCCAACGGUCAAGACCGCUUCUGGCUAUGGACGAUACACUGAUACAGAAGCUGCUUUGCAGGCGAAGCAGUUUGAGCAACCCUCUAUACCACCACGGGCCGUACCAUUCAACGUCCCCCGAAAACCUGUCUCGAUACAACAACAGGCCACCGAACAGGCUCCUCGACCGCAGCCAAAGGACCCGCGCUCCGCGGGUCCGCUUACAAUGCCCAUACGAUCCCAACAGCCGACGCCAUCUGAGCAAUUCGUAUCACGCGCCUCCACCACCGCUGCGGAUCAAAAACCCCCAGCACCUCCCAAACCACAAAACCUGCGUACCGGUAACCGUACCGAAAACGUUGUUAAGGAACACAACCCCCCCAUAGAAACGGCCAAGAAAACAAGCCAAAAUGACGAUUGGGAAGCGAAUUUCAGUAAACGAUACCCAAGCUUAUCUGGGUUAGAGCUGGUGGAGACGGAGAUAGACAUACCUACCCCUCGUGUCCACGCUAUGAGGACGAAGGAGGUGUAAAUGAAGGAAAAGGUGUACGGAAUGGAAUUUCCUUUCCUUUCAUUUUCAUUUUCACUUCAUUUUCCUUUCUUUUUAUUUUUAAUUGAGCUGUAUUCCUCGUUUUAUUUCUUCCCUAAAGAACUCCAUCUAUUCUCUUUCCAUAUUCUAUAUUCUCGUGUCAUCGCAGCUCUAGUAGUUAAGAUACCAAUGAAGAAUCCAGUCAACAACGCCCAACUCUUUUACUUACC